AUGACAACUGAUCAGGAUCUUUGUUUGGACGAGCCCUCGGCAGCGGCUGCGUUUGCUGCAAAAGGCACUGAUGUAACAAUGAAAAAAGAUCAAGGAAUAAUCAAGGUUGUCAAGCGUCAGGGGAUAGAUGGAGAGCUCCCAAUGAUUGGAGACAGAGUUACAAUCCAUUACACUGGAAAGUUCCUCAACGGUAAAAAGUUUGACUGCAGCCGAGAGCGCAAGGAGUCCUUUUCCUUCAAUGUUGGCAAGGGACAAGUCCUCAAAGCAUGGGAUAUCGGUGUGUUAUCAAUGCGGAGAGGAGAGGUGUGCACAUUGCUGUGUAAGCCCGAGUAUGCUUAUGGCUCUGCUGGAAAUCCUAGCAAAAUCCCUCCCAACUCAUCAGUCCUAUUUGAGAUUGAGCUGCUGAAAUUCAAAGGAGAGACUCUCACAGAUGAUGGCGGCAUCAUACGGAGAAUAAAAGUCAAAGGGGAUGGCUACUUAAAUCCCAACGAUGGAACAGUCGUAGAUGUGCAUCUUGAGGGGAGCUGUGACGGUCGAUUGUUUGACAUCAGGGAUAUCAGCUUUGUUGUUAGUGAAUCAGAAGAUAAAGGCGUUCCCCUGGGAGUGGACCGUGCCAUGGACAAGAUGCAGAAAGGGGAGCGGUGUAUGCUGUACUUGACACAUAAGUAUGGCUUUGGAAGCAAAGGAAACCAAGAAUUUAAAAUUGGGCCAAACAAAGACAUUGUAUAUGAGGUUACCCUCAAGGACUUCAAAAGGGCGAAAGACUCCUGGGAAAUGGACUUGCAUGAAAAACUGACUCGGGCCUUAGAAAUCAAACUUAAAGGAAAUCAGUAUUAUAAGUCAGGACAUCACGACUAUGCUGUCAUCCAGUACCAGCGCAUUGUUUGCUGGCUAGAGAUGGAGUGUGGUAAUGACUUGGAGCAGCAGAAGCAGAUUAAUGACUUUCUGUUGUCGGCCCACCUCAAUUUAGCAUUGUGUUUCCUGCGCAUACAAGAUUUCUCACUCGUAGUGGAAAACUGCAACAAGGUGAUUGAUAUUGACAGUUGCAACGAGAAGGCCUUGUAUCGUCGCGGCGAGGCCCGACUACUUCGAAACGAAUUCAACCUAGCCUUGGCUGAUUUUAAAAGCGUGCUACAAGUCAACCCCUCGAAUCAAGCAGCUCGCUCCCAGAUUUUGAACUGCCAGAGCAAGAUGAAGGAAUAUCACGAGCUAGACAAGAGGACUUAUGCCCACAUGUUCCAGAAGUUGGCAGAAAGGGAUACAAAGAGUGGGAAGACCAAGAGGAGGCGGGACGAGAGCAUGAAAAGCAGCGUGAACGGUGAACUGGGCAUUAAACGUCGACGGAGCCAGGACAGCCUGUCAUGCCAGUGA